UGACGUCAUGACGCUGGAGCUGGGGAGAGGGAGGCAGGCGAUGAGAGGAAGCUGCAAUAAACACUCAGGGCGUCUGCGCCUAUCUAAAUAGGACAAUAAAGUGAAAUCGGUGUCAAUGCUCUAACGAUGGAUGUGUCAUCCCUGCUCUCCCUCAAAGUUUUCCUCUUCGUUUACCUCCUAAACUACACGCAAGGACACUACAGGAAUCCCCUGAACAAGUACAUCCGUCAUUAUGAAGGCCUGUCCUACGACACGGAGCUCAUCCACAGCAAGCAUCAGAGGGCCAAGAGGGCCCUCUCUCACGAAGACAAGUUCCUUCAUUUAGAUUUUCAUGCCCACGGAAGGCAUUUCAAUUUACGAAUGAAAAGGGACACCACCCUCUUUUCUCCGGAUCUGAAAGUAGAAGUCUCAGGAGAAGAGAUCCCAUACGAUACCUCUCAUAUCUACUCUGGAGAAAUCUACGGUGAGAAGGGCACCCUGACUCAUGGCUCCGUCGUGGACGGUAAGUUCGAGGGCUUCAUCCAGAGCUACCACGGCACCUACUACGUGGAACCGGCGGAGAGAUACCUGGAGGACAAAGACGUGCCGUUUCACUCGGUCAUCUACCACGAAGACGACAUACACUACCCGCACAAGUACGGCCCGGAGGGAGGCUGCGCUGACGGCUCCGUGUUCGAGAGGAUGAGGAGGUAUCAGGCAUCUGCCGUAGAGGAGCCGGCCAAGGAGCUCCACACCGAGGCCAAGUCCGGCGACCCGGUGCUGCUGAGGAAAAAGAGGAUGGCCCAGGUGGAGAAAAACACCUGCCAGCUGUUCAUUCAGACUGAUCACCUAUUCUUCAAAUACUACAAGACCAGAGACGCUGUCAUAAGUCAGAUCUCCAGCCACGUCAGAGCCAUCGAUGCCAUCUAUCAGGGCACAGACUUCAUGGGCAUUCGUAACAUCAGCUUCAUGGUGAAAAGGAUCAGGAUAAACACCACCAAUGACGAGAGAGACCGAUCCAACCCGUUCCGCUUUGCUAACAUCGGCGUGGAGAAGUUUCUGGAGCUCAACUCGGAGCAGAACCACGAUGAUUACUGCUUGGCUUACGUUUUCACAGACAGAGACUUUGAUGACGGGGUGUUGGGACUGGCCUGGGUGGGAGCCCCCUCAGGGAGCUCUGGGGGAAUCUGUGAAAAAAGCAAGCUGUACUCCGAUGGUAAAAGGAAGUCUCUGAACACCGGUAUAAUCACAGUACAGAAUUAUGCCUCCCACGUACCUCCUAAGGUCUCUCACAUCACCUUUGCACAUGAAGUGGGACACAACUUCGGCUCCCCGCAUGACUCUGGAGCCGAGUGCACCCCCGGAGAAUCCAAAAGCCAAGACAAAAAGGAGAAGGGCAAUUUCAUCAUGUACGCGAGAGCCACGUCGGGAGACAAGCUCAACAAUAACAAGUUCUCCGUCUGCAGCGUUCGCAACAUCAGCCAGGUUCUGGAGAAGAAGAGGGGCAACUGCUUUGUUGAAUCCGGUCAGCCGAUCUGCGGCAACGGCAUGGUCGAGCCCGGAGAGGAGUGCGACUGCGGCUACAGCGACCAGUGCAGAGACAUGUGCUGCUACGACGCCAACCAGCCCGACAACAAGAAGUGCAAAUUAAAGCCCAACAAAGUCUGCAGCCCGAGUCAGGGUCCCUGCUGCACGGUGGAGUGCACCUACAAGGGCCGCAACGAGAAGUGCAGAGAGGAGUCUGAGUGCGCUCACCAGGGGAUGUGCAGCGGCAACAGCCCCCAGUGCCCCACCUCAGAGCCCAAGGCCAACUUCACCGCCUGCCACGGAGAAACCCAAGUCUGCCUCAACGGGGGCUGCUCCGGCUCCAUCUGCGAGAAGUACGGGCUCGAGGCGUGCACCUGCGCCAGCCAGGAGGGAAAGGAUGAGACCGAGCUCUGCCACGUGUGCUGCAUGGAGAAGAUGAACCCCAACACGUGCAGCAGCACAGGAUCAGAGCGCCUGGCUCGCUUCUUCAACAAAAAGGUGACCACUCUGCCGGCGGGCUCACCGUGCAACGACUUCAGGGGUUACUGCGACGUGUUCAUGAAGUGCCGACUGGUGGACGCCGACGGGCCGCUGGCCAGGCUAAAGAAGGCCAUCUUUAACCCAGAGCUCUACGAGAACAUCGCGGAGUGGAUUGUGGCUCACUGGUGGGCCGUGCUGUUGAUGGGCAUCGCCCUCAUCAUGGUCAUGGCCGGUUUCAUCAAGAUCUGCAGCGUUCACACGCCGAGCAGCAACCCUAAACUGCCUCCUCCCAAACCACUGCCAGGCACCCUGAAGAGGCGACGAGCGCAGCAGCACGCCAGCUCUCAGGUGCAGCACCAGUCGCAGCACCCUCACGCCCACGGCGGCCAGCGGCAAGCCCGGGGACAGCCGCAGCGGCAGGCGCAGCCCCAGAGGCACCAUCGUCAGCCCAGAGAGAACUAUCAGAUGGGCCAGAUGAGACGCUGAGACCCCCUCCUCCCCGCAACCCCGCCCCCCCUGCAACCCCCAAUGCCUUGGCUCCUCCUCGUGCCUACAGUGGGAAACAAAAGCGUCACUCCAUCCAAAGAAAAAGCCUGACUUGGUUGUUUGUCAUCGUCAUAUCCUCCAGUUUGCAGACAACUCUCCCGCGCGGGAGAAGAGACUAAACAUUGUCUUAACAACUCAAUUGGCUCUUUGUGGAGUGGACUGGACUAUCAGCCAUCUCCAAUGCAGUGCGAUCAAGCAUCGUUUUCCGUUCUUUCUUUCUUUUCUUCCCUUUCUUUUUGAAGGAGUGCCAAGGAGUUUAAGGAAUCACGUGUAGCGUUAGUACGCCCUGAUGUGUUUUGUUAUUUUUUUUUUUCGUUCUGUUGCGACGUCUUGGAGUGACAACCCCGUGGCUGCCGGUUAAUUGUCCCGUGCUUCUCUUUUUCUUCUUUCUUCUCUUUUUUUUGUUUCCCCCCUCGCCAUCCUAGCCAGAAGUGAGAAACACUCAGAAAUAUGUGGCACUUUUUUUUUUCUUCUUCUUCUUCUGAUUUCACACAUGUCGAACAGCAAAAGAGACGGGCUCCGGUCUCCUCAUGCAGACAUUCUUCUGCAUGUGACUGUAAAUAUUUAGUGUAUCAUAAGCGAAAACAAACUAUUUCUUCUACUGUAAAUGUGUAAUUCUUCACUUUUUUUUUUUUUCUUUUUCUUUUGGGUUAGUGCUCUCAGGAUUAUUAACACGUAAAUGAAGGAGCGUUGCGGAUUUGGCGCCCUUGAGUUACCAAUCGGUCGGAUCGCGUUCACUCUUAUUUGAUAGCACGAUUGUGAGCAUCAAGGGCAUCAUAUCCCUGUUUUUACUUAUUUUAUUAUGUUUUUUUUUUUUAAUGGUCUUGCUAAUGUUAUGUGUUCCUCAUGUUGUGUAAAGGGGGGCUGCGGCGUCGUGGGAACAGAAAGGAAAGACCGUAGUUUGGCACAACACCCAUUUGUUUUUCCACCGUGAAUGACGCCGAAGCCGAUUAUGUUCAGAUAUGAAGACGAGGAAAAAAGGAGUCUAGAAAUGAGUCAUGUUACACAGAGUUAGUUUACAUGAAUGUGGAAAUAAAUCUUUAAAAAAAAUUACAAAAAAAAUAAUAAAUAAAAUAAGAUUAAGUCAUUCUAUUAUUCUUCAGAUAGCGAAUCUAAGAACUUUUCAAUGUGGGCAUGCAGACACAUUUAUUCCACGUGACUUUGAAUUGACGAAGGUCUGUAAUACCUGUAAUUCACUCGACACCGUUUCAUUUCGACUGCUAUGUCACCGGAACCGGCUAUUUCCUGGCGUCGCCUUGCCGAGGAUCAGGCCCCCCCCUAACGAGCUCACGGAGGCGGAGGACGUUUUUACGUUUUAGAGAUCCGCGAAGGGAAUCCUCUAACGUGCGACGGCUUUCCGUUUGACCUCAGGGGUCUGCAGACAAACCCUGCUGUGAGUUGAAUUUGCUAGACGACACCGACACAAGCCCGGUGACGGAAUCGUCGCGUAUGGCCUGUGUGGAUUUUUAAGAGCAUACGUUUUUAAAUUGAGAGAGGGGGGCAAAAAAUCUAUAUGUUUACCGACGGAUGUUGUGCUGCUCUCUUGCCUGCCUACAUCUGCCGUCUAAAUCUACGUCUAUUUACGCAGAUUUAGACAUAAGUUUACGUCUAAAUCUGCAGUCGAGUUCAAAUCCUCUUGAGCAAAUCUCUUUCUUCUCCUGUUUUGAACACUAAUACUUCCACUCCAGCAUUACUGUGGGCCAAACCUGCGCUCGCAUACCCCUGUUUUUAUUUUCAUUUCUCUGCCGUGAUUCUGACGUCGCGUCCUGCUGAUGGGGGCUCUCCCAGUUUUAUUGGCUGGGACCGAGCGAAAAAAACGAAUCUGUGCGUCUCUCCUGGUUGCGAGGGGGAGAGUUUUGAGCAAGAGGAGUACAGUAUCUGGCUAAAAAGACGUGCACUUUAUUUUUGGAGGAAGAUUUCCUCCCCCCAUAGCGAUGCUAAAAGUGCAAAGGGUUGUGGCACGGAGGCAAGAAGAUGCGAGGCGAAGCACAAGCGGCACAGAAUUGUUGGAUUUCAUUUUAUUUUAAGUUUUAAAUGCAUGCAACACUUAAUAAUGCAACGCCGGUUUGUCCUAGUCGCACGUGAGCUGUGUAGGGUCGACGUGAAGCGCACGCGUCACAGUUUCUGCAGCGGGGGCGGACGGAUCGGACAGGUCAGCGGUCGCCAUCGUUACUCCUCAUCUCUGUACAAAACGGAGCUCUUUUUAAAUCUCCUCCUGGGCCCCAUCUCACCUGUCAGGCCCCGCAGAAAAACCCGAAACCUGUAAACUUGUACAGUACUUGGAGAAUUAAAAAAAAAAAGUAAAGAAUAAAAAAUUUGCAUUUAAUUUGAAAAUGAAAAGUACAUUUUUGAUACAUCUAUUUCCUUUUUUUUCUAAAUUCAGAGUAACUUGUUAAAAAUGUUCACAUGUGACAAAGUUUCCUCUCUUCAAAGGUAUUUAUGUUCUCUGUGCGAGUAGAACUGGAAUCUGCUUAUAGUUUUCACCACCGUCAUCAACGGGGGAGCGAGGGAGUUAAUGUCACAUUCUCAUUGUUAUGUUUUACUUUUCUUAUCCUGCGGCGCGGUUUGGGUAGACGAGCAGAAGUCUUUAAAAGAAAACGCCUGUAAAUUUACUUUCUUUUUAAUUUCGUAGUCUUGGUUAAAAAAAAAAGGAAAAAAAAAAAGUUUAUAGGUAAACGUGCACUGAAAAUGUCCAAAUUGAGUUGAAAUGUCGUAGGUGAUGUAGGCCGUAAGAACACAUGAUUAAAGCGUAAAAAAACAAAAAAACAACUACUGUCUGAUUUUAAUGUUCACUGUGUUUUAUACAGUAUUCGAAAUUUUUGUUCACUUUGAACAUUUUUACUAAAAAGAAAAACAAAAAAUUUCAAAUUGUAUUGUGCAAAGAGAUGUAAUUUUUUGGAGUACUUGAAAUGCAUUAAUUAAAAGACUCAUUCAAAAUAAAAUAGACCUCUGUUUAC